GGUCACGUGCACGGGCCGCUCGAGCAGAGGCCUCGCCGGAAGUGUGGGCCUCAAAAGGCGUUGCUAAGGCAACCGCGUCGGGCCUAGCUUUUCCUCGCCGCCUUCGGCCGCCUUCUUGAGUGAAAAUACGAGCCGGAGAGGCCUUCGCUGGGCCGGGAAGCGAGUGCCGAGCAACGUCUUACGAGCCUCCUAUUCUUCUGAAACUGUUUGUGGCUCUUUCGAUUAUGUUUUCCUGAGCCACCAGAGCUGAGAACCGAGAUGGAGAAAGCGUUCACCUUGAUGCAGAAGGGCUUCAACGAACUGCAAGAGGUGGGGCCCCGCCGGCAAAAGAAUGUGCUGUGGAAGCCUCCGAACAGCGACAAAAUACACCCCAGCAAAGCGUCCAAAGCAGUGCGGGAGUACUACCAAAAGCAGGCUGAGGAGCGAAGGACCAAUCCCGCCGUGUCGGGCUACACCCCGCAAAUGGAAGAAUUGCAGAAGUCCUUCCUGAUGCGACCCGGGUGCCCGAGAUACAGCCACAGGGCCACCUCCACGUCUCAUCUAGAAACCAACUUCCCGGUGCCGAUUGAGCUGCCCUGCAACAUCAGCACGAUCAGCCUCUCCUCCCAACUGUCUUUGGACGAAUGGGCGAUGGUCUUCCAGGAGCCAGAUCUCUUGGAAUCAAGGAGUUAUGUCAAAUUCCAUCCAUCCUCAGACUCGUCGGCUCUUUCUGGCUUGACAAAGUGGCAGAGUUACACCGAAGGCUGCAUCCCCGAUAUCCAACUGAAGAGCCACACGAAAGGCAAAGUCCCCUGGUACAUUUCUGCCCUUCAUGAGAAGGACAUCUCUCUGCAGAAACUGGGGGACGAGCUGAACCGCCUGGCCCGCUGUGAAGCAGAAUGUGCCCGGAAGGAGGACGUGAUCUCCAUCCUCCGGGAAGAAGUGGAAGCCCUGCAGAAGCAGCUCCACAAGGGAGGAGAGGCGGCGGCCGAGGACGAAGAGAAGGAGAUUCCAGGAGAAUCCAUAAAAAAGGAAAGUGCCGACGCCCGGCCGCACAAGCGGGGCUUCUCGCUGCCGAUCCAUCUGGAUCACACGCACAUCGUGGAGGACUUCCUUCGGGAAAUGGAGCCUCGCCAGUCGGAAAUAUCCCAAGUGGAUGAAACCUCUGGGCUGGAGAACCUGAGCGAUACGCUGCUGAAGGACCAGGCGGAGCUGGAGCAGUUCGAGAAGGAGUUUAUGGAAAUACAGCAGAGAGAGAUCAUGGAGCUUGGGGACGAGAUGUUCCUCGACGGAGGGUCCAAAGAGUCGAAGGAGGGUCUGGAGGACGAAGCGGAGGCCGAACCCACGUACGAAACGGACGAAGAGCUCGUCGUGCGCAAACUCUUUGAGUUCCAGAGCAUGAACGUCGAGCUUUACGAGGAAUUGCAGAAGGCCAAGGACGAUUAUGAGGUGGCCACGGGAGCGAUUUCUUCCUUGCAAAGGCAGCUGUCUUAUGAGGGAUCCCAGCUCCGGAGGGCUCACGCCGAGCAGGAAAUGCUGCAGAAGGAGCUGAGAGAGCGGGGUGUCCAGCUGGAAGCAAUGUCUCAGAAAUUUUGCAACCUGCGAGAGGAGAGGAAGCACGAAGAAAUGAUGGGGUCCAUCGAGAGGGAGAAUAAUAAGCUUCAACAGGAUAUUUCCGACCUGGAGUCCAAACUCGCCGACAAGAGCCAGCUGAUUGACAAUUUAGAAAGCAGCGUCAACCAGCUCCAGUCCCAGUUGCUCGUGAACCAUCACCACAUUGGGAGGCAGAUGACCCAGCAGAACGAGCUCCAGCGGCAACUGGAAGUCCUGCAACGCGUGGAGCAGCAAACCAGAGUCACGCUGGAAAGCAUCAGCGCCCGGUUUGACAGAUUUCGCAGCAGGAUCAUCCAGGCGACGUACAGCACCCCGGGGACCAAGUCGCCCCAGGCCGAAAUCACCGACGAGGAAGUCUUGGAAGCUUUGCAGAAAAUCAUCAGCGACCGCUUGGAGUUCCACCAGUUGUUGAAGCAAAAAGGCAUCAAGGUCCCGUCGCUGGUCAGCUCCGAACCCACCACCCCGACCGGUCACAAGAAGAAGAGCCCGAGCCGAUAAAGGCACAAAUAAAAUGUCGCAAAUAAAAUAAAAUAAAUGUCGCAAAUAAAAUAAAACGCGUGGCAACGAGGCUCUAGGUCUUCCUUUUAUUUUACUCUCCGCAAUUAAGCCCCUUAAUGAAAAAGGCCGCUGUCUUCAA